AUGGCUCCCAGCGCCAUGGGCCCGUACCAGCCUACGCCUCCUAACAUGGGGCUGGAGCCAGUUGGUAUACCACCAGCACUUGGAGCUGACAUAGCACCUACAUUGGUACCAAUAACAAAACCAGUGCCCGCUAGUGGCGACAUCUCUGUGUUAGACCACCCGCGUGCCAUGGCACCACCGUACAGCGUCUGGUUGUUGAUAUGA